UUGCACCGAGAGCAGUCUCUGUAGAUGCGAUUGGCAGCGGGCACCGGAAGCGCUCUUGAGUCACCCCCUCCGGCAAAGAUUGUUCCACGAGACGCACGGGAAGGGUUGGGUGCGUGGUUUCCUUUGGGACCCAAGCGGACAGGAACCACGACCGCCGCGGAGAUGGAACCUGGCUCCGAAAGCCGCAAGUCCAGCACGCUGUUUGCGGGGUUCCGGGCCUUGGGGCUUUUCAGCAACGACAUUCCACACGUGGUGCGGUACAGCGCGCUUAAGCGCCGCUUCUAUGUGGCGACCUGCGUGGGCAAGAGUUUCCAUACCUAUGACGUUCAGAAACUUAGACUGGUUGCAGUAAGUAAUUCUGUUCCACAGGAUAUUUGCUGUAUGGCUGCUGAUGGCAGGCUAGUGUUUGCUGCUUAUGGGAAUGUUUUCUCUGCAUUUGCCCGUAAUAAAGAGAUAGUACGUACCUUUAAGGGUCACAAGGCAGAAAUACAUCUUUUACAACCCUUUGGGGAUCACGUUAUUUCUGUUGAUGCUGACAGCAUUCUCAUUAUUUGGCACAUAUAUUCAGAAGAAGAAUACCUGCAGUUGACUUUUGAUAAAUCAGUAUUUAAAAUUUCUGCAAUUUUGCAUCCAAGUACCUACUUGAAUAAAAUACUUCUGGGCAGUGAACAAGGAAGCCUGCAGUUGUGGAAUGUAAAAUCCAAUAAACUUCUAUAUACAUUUCCAGGAUGGAAAGUUGGAGUAACAGCUCUUCAGCAGGCACCAGCUGUGGAUGUUGUUGCUAUUGGUCUUAUGUCGGGUCAGGUUAUCAUUCACAACAUUAAAUUUGAUGAAAUACUAAUGAAGUUUCGUCAAGACUGGGGACCCAUUACUUCAAUCUCAUUUCGCACAGAUGAUCAUCCAGUAAUGGCAGCUGGAAGCCUAUGUGGCCAUAUUGGACUCUGGGAUCUAGAAGACAAAAAAUUAAUUAAUCAACUCAGAAAUGCACACUCUACAGCAGUUGCCGGCCUGACAUUUCUCCAUAGAGAGCCACUUCUUGUCACAAAUGGUGCUGACAAUGCUCUCAGGAUAUGGAUAUUUGAUGGUCCUACAGGUGAAGGCCGACUUUUGAGAUUCAGAAUGGGACAUAGUGCUCCUCUUACCAGUAUCAGAUAUUAUGGACAAAAUGGGCAACAGAUUCUAAGUGCAAGUCAAGAUGGGACUCUUCAGUCAUUUUCCACAGUACAUGAAAAAUUCAACAAGAGCUUGGGACAUGGAUUAAUAAAUAAAAAGAGAGUCAAGCGGAAAGGACUUCGGAAUACCAUGUCAGUGAGACUUCCACCCAUCACAAAGUUUGCAGCAGAGGAAGCUCGUGAGAGUGACUGGGAUGGUAUCAUUGCUUGCCAUCAAGGUAAGCUAUCAUGCUCAACCUGGAAUUAUCAGAGAUCUACAAUAGGUGCUUACUUUCUCAAGCCAAAAGAGUUGAAGAAAGAUGACGUAACUGCAACAGCAGUGGAUAUAACUUCUUGUGGAAACUUUGCUGUAAUUGGCCUCUCAUCAGGAACUGUAGAUGUAUAUAACAUGCAAUCUGGUAUACAUCGAGGAAGUUUUGGCAAGGAUCAAGCUCAUAAAGGAUCUGUUAGAGGUGUUGCAGUGGAUGGAUUAAACCAAAUAGCAAUUACAACUGGUAGUGAAGGAUUACUCAAAUUUUGGAACUUUAAAAACAAAACUUUAAUCCAUUCUAUGAACCUCAGUUCAUCUCCAAAUAUGAUGUUGCUACAUAGGGACAGUGGCAUUCUAGGACUUGCCUUGGAUGACUUCUCCAUUAGUGUUCUGGACAUAGAAACUAGGAAGAUUGUCAGAGAGUUUUCUGGACACCAAGGCCAAAUAAAUGACAUGACUUUUAGUCCUGAUGGUCGUUGGUUAAUAAGUGCUGCCAUGGAUUGCUCCGUUAGGACUUGGGACCUUCCAUCUGGGUGCCUUAUAGACUGCUUUUUGUUGGACUCGGCUCCUCUCAAUGUUACUAUGUCUCCUACUGGAGACUUUCUGGCAACUUCCCAUGUGGACCACCUUGGAAUUUAUCUAUGGUCCAAUAUUUCCCUGUAUUCAGUUGUUUCAUUACGGCCACUGCCCACAGAUUAUGUCCCUUCAGUAGUGACGCUUCCUGGUACUUGUCAAACCCAAGAAGUAUCAGAAGAAAAAAUAGAACCAAGUGAUGAAAUGAUAGAGUAUAGUUCGCCAGAACAGUUGAAUGAGCAAUUGGUGACUCUUUCACUUCUCCCUGAAUCACGGUGGAAAAAUCUUCUUAAUCUUGAUGUCAUUAAGAAAAAGAAUAAACCAAAGGAACCACCGAAAGUACCCAAAUCAGCACCGUUUUUUAUUCCAACAGUUCCUGGCCUUGUACCCAGAUAUGCUGCACCUGAACAAAAUAAUGAUCCCCAGCAGUCUAAAGUGGUAAACCUUGGAAUUUUGGCUCAAAAAUCAGAUUUCUGCUUGAAACUUGAAGAAGGACUGAUUAAUAAUAAAUAUGAUGCUCCUCUCAACCUUCUGAAAGAAUUAGGCCCAUCGGGAAUUGAAACAGAACUGCGAAGCUUGUCUCCUGAUUGUGGUGGGUCUAUAGAAGUCAUGCAGAGCUUCCUCAAAAUGAUUGGGAUGAUGCUGGAUAGCAAGCGUGAUUUCGAGUUAGCCCAGGCAUACCUUGCGUUGUUUCUAAAGUUACACCUUAAAAUGCUUCCUUCAGAGCCAAUACUCUUAGAAGAAAUGACAAAAUUGUCAUCACAGGUGGAAGAAAACUGGAUUCAUUUACAAUCACUCUUCAAUCAAAGCAUGUGUGUUUUAAAUUAUAUCAAAAGUGCUUUAUUAUAAAAAUAAAUUUCUGACUAAAAGACAUACAUUAAAUGGGUUCAGUUUAACUCAUUUCAUAUUUUCCAAAUUUCAGUGUGUAAAGAAAAUAAAUGCUAGCACUACUGACUAGUCAGUAAUUCUCCACUUUAAAUGCUAAAUACUUUCUUGAAAUAAAAUUAUACCUGGCUUUUAUUUUGAA